AGGUACAUUACAAUGAAGCGGAAACGUGCACCUAAAAAGGACAAACUUGAAAUGCCAUUAGCAAAGAAGAGACUUCAAAAUAUUGAUGCUCUAAUGGCUGAAAAACAUGUGAUGAAUGAUGAACCUGAAAAGAUUACCUCAGUGCACAUGGAAACUGAAAAUCCAAGAACUAGUACUAGCACCACCAUGAGGGGUAGACAAACAGAUUUAGAGAUAGGAAAAACUGGUUAUGGGGGGAUGACAGGUUAUCCAAAAGCAUUGGGUGACAUCAUUGUAACUGUUUUAAAAGAGAUUUCCAAGGAAGCUGGUGGCUUAGCUAACCUUACAAAGAGCUUAGUUGAUAACUCAAUCAGCAAUGGACAGAUGGAGCAACCUCAUGCUGACAUGGAUCUUGAGGAAAAAGAAAGCCAACAUCAUCAAAAUCCAGAAUACAACCAGGAAGAAUUAAAUGCUGCUUUAACAGUGAUCAAAAAGACCAUGAAGUUGGAUGCUGCUGAUCCGUUUAACAGACCCGUGGAUCCUGUUGAACUUGGAAUUCCUGAUUACUUAGAUGUGAUCGAUACACCAAUGGAUUUUGGUACAAUAUGCAACAAUCUUGAAAAUGGCCUAAAGUACAUGAAUUCAGCAGAUGUGUUUAAAGAUGUACAAUAUAUUUGGUAUAAUUGUGUCAAAUAUAAUAAAAAAGGUGAUUAUAUUUUGGAGCUCAUGAAGCGCGUGAAGGCCCCCUUCAUGAAGUACUGGAAAGCAGCCGGAUUACAAACCGCACAAUCACCCCCUAUUAUUGAGUCAUCUAUCUUGAAAGAAAAAGACCACCCAUUGUCCCCACCUGCCAAUAAUGUCACCCUCCCACCUCAAAACAAGGCUGGCCCUAUCCAAGUAGCAGAAAUUGAUCCCAUUCCGAUCAACAUACAAACCAGUCAAAGUCAAAAUCAAAGUCAAAGUCAAGGUCAAAUCCAAAAUCAAACCCCACAGAACUGUACUCCACAAUCUUUAUCGGACCAGGAUGGUGAUCCCCAAUAUUGUAUUCCUGAUUCUAGAAGUAUUCAAAAGAAGCGCCAAUUUCAUGAUGAGUUAUCAAAUACAGCAAAAAGGAUAAAAAUCAUGACCAAUGAACUGAGCCAGCCUGUGGGGCCCGAGGCAUGCAAAUUAACAAGCUUUCUUGGAUUCAUAGCACGUGAUGGAAACUUGGCUCCUUUAACUUAUGCCACUUGGAUUAAAAUGCCAGAAGAGUACAAAGAAAACAUGUGGCAGAAAGUUCUGAAAAGGUAUGAUAUGGAGCCCAGUUGUCGAGGAUGGGUGCUGAUGUCACUGAGAACUAAAUGGAGAAACUUUAAGUCUCGCCUUAAGGCUACUCAUUAUGAUGUUCAUGAGACUGAUGAAGAGAGAAUUGCAGAUUGUGAUGAGAGGGUCCUUCCUGACCAAUGGUCAGCCCUUGUUUCACUCUGGAGCUCUGAAAAAUGGCAGAAUAUUUGUGCCACAAAUAAGGCCAAUCGUGCAAAGCUAAAAUUCAGCCACACCACAGGCAAAAAAAGCUUUGCCAGAUUACGUGAAGAGGAGAAGGCAAAAAGGCCCGAUGGCCAGGAACCCUCACAAGCAGAACUAUUUAUAUUAACACGUACACGUAAAAAUGGGAAACCUGUGAAUGAAGCAACAGCUGCAGUAAUUACACAACUUUGUGAAUCCACAACACAAAAUGAAGAGAAUAAAGUUGAAGAUGAUGUAUAUAAUCGAAUAAUGGGAGUGGAUACAAAAAGUGGUGGGUCCCUUAUUGGAUUAUAUGGGACCCCUCCUCCUCCUCCUCCUCCUCCUCCUCUUCCCUCACAUGUUGAGGCUUUGAAAAUGGUUGAAGAGAAGAAUGCAGAGGUUGUUGAAAUGAAGGAGAGACUUGCAUCAGUGGAACAAACAUGCUCACAGAUGGCUGCUCAAAUGUCUCAAAUGCUCUCAAUGAUGGCCACCAUGCAGAAGCCUUCUCUAGGAGGAAAUGUUCCUAAUGCUGUUGAUGUCAAUUUGGUUCCAGUGGAUGAUAAUACUCCAUGUGAGUUGGAAUCUCCAAACACUACAUCUAAUCAUGAAGUUCCUGUAAAAAAGAGUCGUGGAAGGCCAAAGAAAAGGUAGAGAAAUCAAAUCAGCAAGAUAGAUGAUUUCAAGGUUGGUGGAGAGGCUAGAUCAAUCCCAAUCACAUUGUGUCAUAAUCAUGAGCUAAUGGUACUAUGAUUUGAUAUCUUGUUACAAGAUAUCCUAGAUUAACUAACUUGUUAAGGAACAUGAAUUUGUGUUGAUCAUUGUAUGUAGUAGGAUUUUUUAAGAUAAAACUGUUGCCUUUAAGAGGCGAGGAGGCAAUAGGCUGUUUUUUUUCAGCAAUUUUGUUAUAGAAGAGUUUGGAUAUAUAAUAUAAAAAUGUCACAUCAUUGGAUAUUACAUAUGAAAAUAAAUCUAACAAACAUCGGUUACCCUAUAUGUAGAUUAAUAAAACUAAUAAAAUAAGGGAGAAGGGGGUACAAUUUCAAUAGAUAUGAGAGAAGAAUUUGUGAU